AUGCCGAGGCUCUGGCACCUCGACUCCAAGCCGCUGGUGCCGACGCUCCUUACGGCGGAAUCUAUGUGGCGUCCGGCAGUGGACUUGCGACAAAGCUACGCUGAUGUCAUCGACAGUGGUGGUGAUCAUUCCGAGCUGCAGGUGGUUCUGCGGAAGGCCAUCAAGGAAGAGGUUUGGGAGUCUGCAUUUGUCAAACCUUCUGUUGCUGAGACGAGGGCAGAGAAGGAGGAAGCCGUGGCACUUGGCCUGGCGCCUGAGCCUUCGGAGCCUUCAGAGCCUUCCAAGUCGGAGCCAAAGUCGGAGCCAAAGCCGGAGCCGGCGCCUUCCAGGUCGGAUGCGGACACGUCGGCCUUCGUCGCUCCGGCAGCGGAGGACUCUGCAGAGCUGGAUGUUGCACAACCAGUGGUGCAAGACAACACCGAGGUCCGCGCUCUGAGACAGGCAGAGGCGUCCAGCGCUGUGCAGAGUGCGAUGGUCAUGGGCCAGUCAGUUUUGCUACAGAAUCGGCUCAUGUACCAUCUCUGGGAGGAUUUGUUUAGCUCACCGGAUCACUGGGUCGAUUGCAGGGCUGACAAGAAAACGAGACAAUUCCCAGACUUCAAAAGGGAGAAAGAUGGCAAGGCGCUGUGGAUUAAUAACGAAGAAACUCCUGCAUGGGUUGAGGAGCGGCUGAAUGAGGAAGGCAACCUAUGGAAACCUCCUUCUUCCAAGGAUGACUUAUGGCAAGACUUGAUUGACCCUCCACAUGAAUGGGAAGACUUUCGAACAAAGAAGCGUAACCCCAGAUUUCCUGACUUCAAGCGCAAAGAAGAUGGGAUGUCGCUCUGGUUUGACAGCUACGACACUCCAGAUUGGGUUGGGACCAAGUUGAUGGAAAUGGAAGACAAGUUGGCCACUUCAUCCUCUUCAACUCGAGCAAGUUCCGCGAAAGAGCACUUAUGGCAAGGCUUGAUCGACUCUCCACAUGAAUGGGAAGACUUUCGAACCAAGAAGCGUAACCCCAGAUUUCCUGACUUCAAGCGCAAAGAAGAUGGGAUGUCGCUCUGGUUUGACAGCUACGACACUCCAGAUUGGGUUGCGACCAAGUUGAUGGAAAUGGAAGACAAAUUGGCCACUUCAUCCUCUUCAACUCGAGCAAGUUCCGCAAAAGAGCACUUAUGGCAAGACUUGAUCGACUCUCCACAUGAAUGGGAAGACUUUCGAACCAAGAAGCGUAACCCCAGAUUUCCUGACUUCAAGCGCAAAGAAGAUGGGAUGUCGCUCUGGUUUGACAGCCACGACACUCCAGAUUGGGUUGCGACCAAGUUGAUGGAAAUGGAAGACAAAUUGGCCACUUCAUCCUCCUCAACUCGAGCAAGUUCCGCAAAAGAGCACUUAUGGCAAGGCUUGAUCGACUCUCCACAUGAAUGGGAAGACUUUCGAACAAAGAAGCGUAGCCCCAGAUUUCCUGACUUCAGGCACAAAGAAGAUGAGAUGCCGCUCUGGUUAGACAGCUACGACACUCCAGAUUGGGUUGCGACCAAGUUGAUGGAAAUGGAAGACAAGUUGGCCACUUCAUCCUCUUCAACUCGAGCAAGUUCCGCAAAAGAGCACUUAUGGCAAGACUUGAUCGACUCUCCACAUGAAUGGGAAGACUUUCGAACCAAGAAGCGUAACCCCAGAUUUCCUGACUUCAAGCGCAAAGAAGAUGGGAUGCCGCUCUGGUUUGACAGCUACGACACUCCAGAUUGGGUUGCGACCAAGUUGAUGGAAAUUGAAGACAAAUUGGCCACUUCAUCCUCUUCAACUCGAGCAAGUUCCGCAAAAGAGCACUUAUGGCAAGACUUGAUCGACUCUCCACAUGAAUGGGAAGACUUUCGAACCAAGAAGCGUAACCCCAGAUUUCCUGACUUCAAGCGCAAAGAAGAUGGGAUGUCGCUCUGGUUUGACAGCCACGACACUCCAGAUUGGGUUGCGACCAAGUUGAUGGAAAUGGAAGACAAAUUGGCCACUUCGUCCUCCUCAACUCGAGCAAGUUCCGCAAAAGAGCACUUAUGGCAAGACUUGAUCGACUCUCCACAUGAAUGGGAAGACUUUCGAACCAAGAAGCGUAACCCCAGAUUUCCUGACUUCAAGCGCAAAGAAGAUGGGAUGUCGCUCUGGUUUGACAGCCACGACACUCCAGAUUGGGUUGCGACCAAGUUGAUGGAAAUGGAAGACAAAUUGGCCACUUCAUCCUCCUCAACUCGAGCAAGUUCCGCAAAAGAGCACUUAUGGCAAGGCUUGAUCGACUCUCCACAUGAAUGGGAAGACUUUCGAACAAAGAAGCGUAGCCCCAGAUUUCCUGACUUCAGGCACAAAGAAGAUGAGAUGCCGCUCUGGUUAGACAGCUACGACACUCCAGAUUGGGUUGCGACCAAGUUGAUGGAAAUUGAAGACAAAUUGGCCACUCCAGAAUCCCAGGAGAAAGUUGGCGAUUCUGUGGAUCCUCUUCAGUCCCCUGAUUUCUCUCCGAAGUUGACCGAUCCCACUGAGAUCGAACGCUUGUGGAAAGAACUGUUGGGGCCAGACGAGAUGGGCUGGCUGGACUGUAGAGAAGCGAAGAAGUGCUUCGCCGCGAAACAGCCAAUUCUGUCUAAUGUUGGGCGGUUUCCAUCCAGGCCACCCAGACUUCAUCAAGAGCGACACUCGCGAAGGCCUUUGGUGCGAUGAUACUGCACCAGAAUGGGCCAUUGAGAAAUUGAAAGAGCUGGAUGCAGACACAGUCACCCAGGCUCAGAAUGCUUAGAAAUGAGAAGAUUUGCGGCGAGCGGUUGCCGUAUGUUUCACCGUCACAGAUCGGGGUAGCCUUGGGUGUUGCAUCACGCCUGAGAGGGGCAGUAAGCUUCCAGCAUUUGGAUGGCAACCAUGUUCU